AUGUCCCCUGGGGCCUUCCGGGUGGCCCUGCUCACGCUGCUCCUGCUGGUCUGUCCCACGCAGCAGAAGCCGCUGCAGAGCUGGGGGCAGACAUCCCCUGGGGGAAAUGCCCGCAGCUCUCUGGGAUUGUCUGGAAGUGGAGAGGAGGGCGUCUUUGACCUGAAGAUGUUUCUGGAGAACAUGAAAGUGGACUUCCUGCGCAGCCUUAACCUGAGUGGCAUUCCCUCUCAGGACAAAACCAGAGCGGAGCCACCCCAGUACAUGAUCGACUUGUACAACAGAUACACUACGGACAAGUCGUCCACACCUGCCUCCAACAUCGUGCGGAGCUUCAGCGUGGAAGACGCUAUAUCGACAGCUGCCACAGAGGACUUCCCCUUCCAGAAACACAUCCUGAUCUUCAACAUCUCCAUCCCUAGGCACGAGCAGAUCACCAGGGCUGAGCUCCGUCUCUAUGUCUCCUGUCAAAAUCACGUGGACUCCACUCACGGGCUGGAAGGAAACAUGGUCGUUUACGAUGUUCUGGAUGUUGACGAGACUUGGGACAGUGCCUCGGGGACCAAGACCUUCUUGGUAUCCCAGGACAUUCAGGAUGAGGGCUGGGAGACCCUGGAAGUGUCGAGUGCCGUGAAGCGGUGGGUCAGGGCAGACUCCACGACCAACAAAAACAAGCUGGAGGUGACGGUGCAGAGACAUAGGGAGGGCUGUAGCACACUGGACAUCAGUGUCCCUCCAGGCUCCCAAAACCUGCCCUUCUUUGUCGUCUUCUCCAAUGACCGCAGCAAUGGGACCAAGGAGACCAGACUGGAGCUGAAGGAGAUGAUUGGCCACGAGCAGGAGACCGUGCUUGUGAAGACAUCCAAAAAUGCCUACCAGGAGGCUGGGGAGAGCCGUGAGGAGGAGGAGCGUACAGAUGGGCACACAGCUGGGGGACCGCUUUUAGCUAGAAGGAAGAGGAGCGCUGGUGGAGCCAGCAGCCACUGCCAGAAGACUUCUCUCAGGGUGAACUUUGAGGACAUCGGCUGGGACAGCUGGAUCAUCGCCCCCAAGGAGUAUGAUGCCUACGAGUGCAAAGGAGGCUGCUUCUUCCCGCUGGCUGAUGACGUGACACCCACCAAACACGCCAUCGUGCAGACCCUGGUGCAUCUCAAGUUCCCCACGAAGGUGGGCAAAGCCUGCUGCGUCCCCACCAAACUGAGUCCUAUCUCCAUCCUCUACAAGGAUGACAUGGGCGUGCCAACCCUCAAGUACCACUACGAGGGGAUGAGUGUGGCCGAGUGUGGGUGCAGGUAG